GAAAGCGGAAGUGGCAGGAGUGAAGGCGGAAGUCGUGAGGGUAAACAAACACACGGAACCAUGGCGGCUCGUUGUUUGUUGAACAGAACCGCUGCGGUGUUUCAGCUCAGCUUCAGAACCACGACGCUCAGAACCGGGACCCGUUCUUACUCCGACACCGAACCCGAGCCGCUGACGCUGAAACACCAGAGCGACGGAAUCAGGAGGAUAAUCCUGAAUAAUCCAAAGAAGAGGAACGCUCUGUCUCUGUCGAUGCUGGAGUCUCUGAGAGAAAACAUCGAGACUGACGUCGACAGCGACGACCUCAGGGUUAUCAUCAUCUCAGCCAAAGGUCCAGUGUUUUCCUCUGGACACGACCUGAAGGAGUUGACGUGGACUCAGGGACGAGGACAUCACACCAAAGUGUUUGACACGUGUUCACAGGUCAUGACCCUGAUCCAGGACAUCCCUGUCCCGGUGGUUGCCAUGGUGAACGGUGUUGCCACAGCGGCUGGUUGUCAGCUUGUCGCCAGCUGUGACAUCGCCGUGGCGACAGAGAACUCCACCUUUGCCACGCCGGGGGUCAACGUGGGCCUGUUCUGCUCGACGCCGGCGGUCGCCAUCGGCAGAGCCGUGCCGAGGAAGGUUGCCAUGGAGAUGCUGUUCACCGGAACACCCAUCUCGGCCCAUGAUGCUUUGCUGCACGGUCUGGUGAGUAAGGUGGUGCCAGAGGAGCGGCUGGAGGCGGAGACGUUAGCCAUCGCGCGGCGUGUGUGCGCGGCGAGUCGACCCGUCGUCGCUCUGGGCAAAGCCACUUUCCAAAGACAAAUGGCUCAAGGUCGGGACGCGGCGUACGCCACGGCCUCCGCAGUCAUGGUGGACAACCUGAGCCUGAGAGACGGACAGGAGGGAAUCAGAGCCUUCAUCGAGAAACGCAAACCUGUUUGGAGCCACAGCAGUGAGAGAGCCCACGACUGAUGGCCACACGGGGGCGCUGCAGUCAUUCACACUCACAACACAUGAGGGUUUCAGUGAGGAUGAGGAUGAUUGAAGACAGUAACAGUGUUAAUGACGUAACAGAAUGGUAUUAAUGAGAAAACGCUGCUUUACCUGGUGUUUGGACGUGUAUUAUAUAAUGGUUUAAAUGGGUAACUUUGACUUUUAUCAUCAGUGUUCGUUGUGUCACUUUAACGUCUGGGUGAAAAAUACAUUUUCUGUUCAAUCAUCAGCACA